AUGAGAGCAGACAAAGGCAGACGAGUGCUUCAAGGCACCAUGCGGGUUCCAGUAAAGAUGGAGUAUGAGCUAGGGGAGCUGACAGAGGAGCGUCUGAGAGAAAUGGGUGCCCGCUGUGUUGGAGAAACCUUAGACAUAGAGUACUAUUACGACACUGAGAGCUUCCAGCUGGCUUCUACACAGACCUGGUUAAAUCAGCAUGAGGGCCAGUGGGGGCUGAUCCUGGCACAGAAGCAAGACAUUAAUCCAUCUGUAUCAGAAGAGACCAAAAUGUCUGAAGAAGAGCAGAAAAGCAACAUGGCUGACUCAUCAUCUCAGAAAAGAGAACAACCAGGCUUUCAUCCUGAAAAAAGAAAUACAGCUGACAGCGAGAAUCUCACGUCCAAAAGCAAAGUUCAGAGUACAUCUUCAGAUGAUAUAUCAGUAGGAUCCGCAUACACAGAGCUGAAUGACCCAUGCUCCAUUAUGAUGCACAUCACAAAAUGUCUACAGCUUCCUCUGACACAUGCUGAAGUACAAGACAUGACUAUGAAGAACUUCUUGAGGACGGCCCAAAUCAAGAUUUAUGACAGCUGGAUGGGAUCCAGGUCAGUGAAGUAUUCUCUGCCUGGUGGCUUCAUGUUGGCUUUGGAUAGAAAUUACAGAACUCCUACAGUAGCUUCCUCUGUGUUCCUGUCAAUGGAUGCAGAUGUGCUCAACAUCAGCACCGACCUCGAAAGGAUGGACCGGCUGCAUAAAGACUUGGGCCUGAAACCAAAGGCAAGCUUACACUCUUAA